UCUUUUAGGAUUUGACAUUUUCAGAGGCACGUGUGUUUGAAAAUAAACACACGAAGAUAAUUAUUAGUAGUUAGUCUUUAAAUUAGAAACAGUGAAAUUUAGCCAUGGCGGACAUUAACAUAGACGCGGAUAACUUUGAACCUCAGAAACCCAGUAAAAGGAGAAUAAAUUCGACCGGAUCUGAUGCCAUGGAUGUAGAAGUUUACAAUGGCAUUGAAGGUGCAAGCAAAAAUAGACCACCGAAGACGAAACGCGUCAAACAAAAUUCUCUAUCUGAGACAAAGGACGACUUUAGGAAAAUUCCAGUACCUGCACAUAGAUAUACACCAUUAAAAGAAAACUGGCUGAAAAUUUUCACACCUAUAGUAGAACAUUUGCAGCUGCAGAUUCGAUUCAACCUCAAGACCAGGAAUGUCGAAAUUAAAACUUGUGCAGAAACUAAAGACAUAGGUAAUUUACAAAAAGCUGCAGACUUUGUGAAGGCAUUUGUCUUUGGCUUUGAAGUAGAAGAUGCACUGGCCCUCCUUCGUUUGGAUGAUCUGUUUGUGGAAACAUUUGAAAUUAAAGAUGUUAAAACGUUAAAAGGUGACCAUCAAUCUAGAGCUAUUGGCAGAUUAGCAGGGAAGGGUGGAAGAACAAAAUUUACUAUUGAAAAUGUCACAAAAACCAGGAUAGUACUUGCAGAUAGCAAAAUUCAUAUUCUAGGCAGUUUCCAAAAUAUUCAAAUGGCCAGAAGAGCAAUUUGUAAUUUAAUUUUAGGAUCACCACCAUCUAAAGUUUAUGGUCAACUGAGGAAUGUUGCUUCAAGAGUGUCUGAGAGAAUGUGAAUUUGUUAUCUAAAUUAAGUACUAAAUUGAUUGUAUAAAUGAAAUAAAUACACUAUUGUUAUUUAUUAA